CAUAACACUUACCCCAAUUCCUCUAUGUGGUCGGCCAGGGCUUUGAGCUAGUUGUGGGAUCCAAGGAGGCUUGUGUUCCCGCACUUCCAAAUACGAGAGCUCAACUCUAGCAUGGGGUGUCUGAGAAGGUUAGAGACCUUUGGAUAACCUAGUCACAGGGGGCAGGAGGAGUGAGCAGUGGUUCACAGUUUUAGAGACCCAACUAGGGUUCUGCAGGUCUCAGUUGAGUCCUGGCUCCUCCCAUUUGCUAGAUGGCCUUGGGCUAGUCAUUUUGGAUUCCAUAGUUGCUAACAGGCCCAACUUGAAUGUCUGAAAUCUUCUGACCGUGGAUGACCCUGGGUGUCUCCUCCUUCCUAUGUAGCACAGAAUAAAACAGGGCUUUGAAGUUGGGGACACUUUUGUUAGGACUCCCGAGCUGCCACUUCCAAGCUCCAGGACUUUGCCAGAUUUCUUCAUCUGUAAGCCGGGGACAAUAUACCCACCUCAAGGAGUUGCCGAGGGCACUGAAUAGAUCCUGAAUGUGGAAAGCACAGAAGCACCCCGAGUGUGGGCUGUCCCCAACUGCACGUGUAUUGGAGCAUGUAUGGGGGCUGCGCAUGCAAGAGUGUGGGCAGGUGUGUGACUGAGAAUGAGCACCCACCGGCGUCUGCAGCUCGAGUCUGUUUCCAUGAGACAUUGGGCCUCUGCUUUCUUUUCAAGGUCCGUUAGGUGAAAUUCUGGUAUGUAAGCAUUUCUGCCCAUGGCUCCUCCAAAUCUUUCUGAAUCAUUUCUUUUUGCUGUGGUGGAGAGUGAACCCAGGACCCCAAGCAUGCCAGGUCUUCUGGCAGGGCUGAGGGAUACCAAAGCCCAGCAGACCACCUUGUACCCACUUGUGGGGCGUGUUUUUGUGCAUCCUUUGGAACAUGCCACCUUCCUGCGCCUGCCAGAACACAUCGCGGUGCCACCUACUGUCCGACUCACCUACCAGGCCCACCUCCAGGGACAUCCAGACCUGCCCCGGUGGCUGCGCUACACACAGCGCAGUCCCUAUAACCCUGGCUUCCUCUACGGUCACAGCCUACAAUCGUGACAGCUUUGACACCACUAGACAGCGGCUGAUGCUGCUGAUUGAGGACCCUGAAGGUCCCCGGCUGCCAUACCAAGCCGAGUUCCUGGUGCGCAGCCAUGAUGUGGAGGAAGUGCUGCCCUCCACACCUGCCAACCGCUUCCUCACCGCCUUGAGGGGACUCUGGGAGCCAGGGGAGCUCCAGUUGCUCAACAUCACUUCUGCCUUGGACCGUGGAGGUCGUGUCCCUCUUCCCAUUGAGGGCCGGAAGGAAGGGGUAUACAUCAAGGUGGGCUCUGCCACACCCUUCUCCACCUGCCUGAAGAUGGUGGCAUCACCCGACAGCUCUGCCCGUUGUGCCCAGGGACAGCCUCCAUUACUGUCCUGCUAUGACAACUUGGCGCCCCACUUCCGUGUUGACUGGUGCAAUGUAUCUCUGGUGGACAGGUCGGUGCCGGAGCCCCUGGAUGAGGUGCCUACUCCAGGUGACGGGAUCCUGGAGCAUGACCCAUUUUUCUGUCCACCCACUGAGGCCACAGGCCGAGACUUCCUGGCAGAUGCCUUGGUCACCCUCUUGGUGCCUCUGCUGGUGGCUCUACUGCUCACCCUGCUGCUGGCUUAUGUCAUGUGCUGCCGGCGUGAAGGACGGCUGAAGAGAGACAUGGCCACCUCUGACAUCCAGAUGGUUCACCAUUGUACCAUCCACGGGAAUACGGAAGAGCUUCGGCAGAUGGCAGCCAGCCGUGAGGUGCCCCGGCCUCUUUCCACCUUACCCAUGUUCAACGUACGCACGGGAGAGCGGUUGCCUCCUCGAGUGGACAGCGCACAGGUGCCCCUCAUCCUGGACCAGCACUGAGAGCCUGCCAGUUCCCUUUUAGUUCCGGUUUCAGCUGCACUGCUCAGAGCCGCUGACCUGUGACUACAUCCACCGCUGAUUCCAGCUCCUAGCCGACUUGGACCUCCUGCUCCAGACAGGCAGAUGGAUGGGGUAGUGGGGGGAGGGUGCUUGGGGUCAGCACCCAAGAAUAAAUACCUGCUGCUCUGUUCA